CCUCUUUUUCAAUGAGGUCAGUCUCUGUUUUUGUGGGGGUUGGCGGUCGGUCAGCGGAGAGUCGACAAGAAUUCAAAAGACAUUUAUCGCCAGUAAAACGUGUUUGUUGGCUUACAUCGAUUUUAGAGCAUGUCGGACACGGAGACAAAGCCCUCAAGCCAAGAUGCAGGAGAAAAAAAGGAGGGGGAGUACAUCAAGCUUAAAGUUAUCGGGCAGGACAACAGUGAAAUUCACUUCAAAGUGAAGAUGACAACGCAUCUAAAGAAGUUAAAGGAGUCCUACAGUCAGAGACAGGGUGUUCAUAUGGAUUCCCUAAGGUUUCUUUUUGAAGGACAGAGAAUUGCAGACAACCAAACUCCAAAAGAGCUGGGAAUGGAAGAUGAGGACGUCAUUGAAGUGUAUCAGGAACAGACCGGUGGACUUUGGAGCAGUUAGACUUUCUGUAUCAUCUCCUAAUUUAAAAAAUUUUUUGAAAAUAUUUCGUUACUCCGAGAGAGAAGUGUCUGAAACCAUCUGAGUCAAACUGAUUCACCACCAAGGCUUCUGCGACCCUCCCGGUCUGCUGGAAGGAAGGAUGGGCAGUCCAGCUCCCUCCCUCCCUCCGCCCCUGUGUAUGAAAAGACCACGUGCUCCAGGGAGAUACCAGCUACAGCAGCACCAGACCUUCUGCUUCAGCUAUUACUGAAACCCAAUUACAGACAAUGCGAAAGCGUACGCCCCCAUACUUUUACUAUGAUCAAGUGAGUGUUAUAUAUGUGAUUCAGGUCUAUUGCUCUUGAAGGUGACUCACUGUGUACAUUUGUUUAUGUGUGUAUUUAAAUUAAGCACGUGCUGGCUAAACUCAUUACGAGUCUUUGCAGCUAUGUGGGAUAGCUUGGAAUUAACCUUGACUUCGGCUCAAUUGGAUCAUAUUUACUUUCAAAAGCAGUUGUUUUGUUGCUGCUUAGACCACAGUGAGAGAUCUUUCUGUACAGCUUUAAAGGUGAUGGGUGGUAAAUGCCGCCUUACAAUAUGGAGUCUGAUUUGGUGAAUUCUCUCUGCAGCUAUCGACUACACUUCUUUUAUAAGAACAGCUCAUGGACUCAUGAACGUCUUCAAUGUAUGGCCCAGUUGUCUAGUCAAUUUGUUUGCCAAUCAAUUUGUGAUUUAGAAUUUGAAGGUUUUAAUACCAAGACAGUGUCCACCUAUGUUCAGUGUCUAAUGUUCCAGUCUCACAACUGUUUGUGCAGUUCUUGUAUAGAACAGUACAGUAUGGUUAUUCUUUCUUCAGAAAUGAGGUGUGGAUCAUGAAACAAGACACUGCUACUGUCCUCAAUCCUUAAUAGGCUUAUCAUUGAAACACAAAAUAGAUUUACAUAUUUGUGCAAUGAUGGCCACUCCUGUUUUAAUCAAAACAUUUUCUUCAUAUAAUUUUCUGUGUGGGCCACACACUUUUAUUCAUUUUACCAUACAGUUCCACAUUGUAUUUUUUUAUUGUUUUACCUUUACUACUAUGAAAGAAUGACACAUCGGCUUCUGAUUAGUCAGGCCUUUCCCCAUCUCUGCUGAUCCAUGGUGGUCCUGUGAUAUCACACUAAACUGCUGUUUUGUUGCCACGGUAGUGCCAACACUUUGUGAUAUCAUUGUAUCUAACUUCUCUUUUGGGAGAAAAGUUGUUUUGGAUGGUUUUAGGCUGUAGGAUGAUUUUGUUUUGUUUUUUUAAAUAAAGUGUAUUUCAAAAGACAAA